AGCGCCCUCGAGGGGAGGCGUUAAGGGCUUGACCUUUCCUGCCACCUCGCCCAGCCUGCAUAUAAAGGCAGGUCCCGGCCGAGGAGGCAGAAGCAGCGCCGCACUCAGUCUCCGCCGCGCCUCCCCGCUGCCCUUGAUCAAGCAGAGCGCGGAGCCGCCCCGUCGAGGCCAAGCCCGGAACGCACCAUGGCGCGCCCCGAGUUCCAGCUGCUGCCGAAGCCCCGCGGGCUCUUCUCCCUCCUGGGUCUCUUCGCCUUCGCGCUGCUGCUGGAGGGACGUGGCGGCCGCGCCGCGCCCUUGCAAGGCGGCGAGGGGGCGUCCCCGAUGGCCAAGAUCUACCCCCGGGGCAGCCACUGGGCAGUGGGGCACUUCAUGGGUAAAAAGAGCAGUGGAGAUUUCCCUAAUAUAUAUGAAGAACGAAAUGAGCCACCUUUCUCUUUGCUACCCGAUAAUGCCAAGCAGCUGGGAGACUAUCUGCACUGGGAGGAAACAUUCAAGCAGUUCCUCCGACUUCUUGAGGGGAACGAAAACCAAAGUGCUCAGGUUCUUAGGGAAGAAUCUCCGUUUCCUGUCAAGAGCACUUGGGAGGCAGAGGACAACAGCAGCCUCAGAGACAUGAUGGAUUAUCUGCUGCAAGCGAUGGAUAGAAAAGAGGCCUCUCCGAGUUGAAGCAACUGUCUCCCACCACUGAAGGCAUAGAAUAAUAUCUUUGCGAAAGAGACUAUAUGGUUUCACAAGCAUUUUAUUGUAUAUGAUAACUGAUUUCAAAAUAAUAAUAUUAUCUUUUGUGUUAA